AUGAAGGUCUCGGUUGUCACUCUGUUUUCCGCCGUCGUUGCGAUAUCUUUCGCUGAAGCGGUUCCUGCAUCCCAUCCACGACGUUCAGAUUUGAGGCCUAGGUACUACUUUCCGAAGGCUGUUAAGAGACAGGUCACGUCGUUCGCAAACACCACCACCGCGGAUACUACUUCAGACACGGGCAGUUCUAGCAGUCCGGAUUCGGGGGUUGGAAGCCUCCUAUCGACACUGGGAGAUGUAUUGUCAGGAGUAGCAUCGGCCAUCUCACCAACAGCAACACCAGCAGCCACUGAUGCUUCGGUGACUGACCAGGCUUCUAGCCAGCAGUCGAGCCUGGAGCCUAACCCUUUUCUCGUUCCUACGCCCACGGAUACUGCCACUGCCUCACCAACCCUUCCAUUUGGUGGCGGCAUCAUUGGUGCUACUCCGACAACGGGAACUGGUCUAUCUCCUACGGUUACGGAUACCGCUACUGCAAGCCCGACAGACAGUGAAGAGGGAGUCACGCUGGGUUUGGGAUCUAUCAUCACCGGCACUGUAGCUACCGACAGUGCGACAGGGACUGCCACGGCAACCGACAUCAAUACUGGUGCGACCACCGAUUCGGCAUCUUCCGUACUCGCCUCUGCCAGCGACGCGGCAACGUCCAUCCUGUCUGUUGCUAGCUCCCUGCAAUCGGUUGCUGCGACAGCCACAGGCACAGAUGUCGCGUCGAUCUCAUCUGCAUUGUCUUCUGCCGCUUCGGUUGCAUCAGACAUUGCAUCAGAGGUGAGCUCCGCAAACUCGGGCGUCACUACAACUAGCAACACUGCCGAUGUGACUUCAGACUUAUUCUCUGGUUUCCCCACUGAUACCGCCACCGGUUCGUCAACACCUAUCAUCACCGAUACUGUGCCUACGGAGACUCCGACUGAUACCGCUACAAUUACACCUACGGAUUCGUUCACCUUUACUCCUACAGACACAGCAACGCCAACGGACACUAUUACCACUCCGACGGACACUGCUUCUGUGUCUCCGACAGUGACGGUCAGCCCGACGGACACCAAUACCGUCACUCCCACAGACACGGGCAGCGCAACCGCUACGGACACUGGAAGCGUUACCCCAACGGACACCAACACUAUCACGCCGACGGACACCAAUACCAUAACACCGACCGAUACCAACACUGUCACCACACCAACUCUUCCCGCAGAUAACGGGAAUAACGGCACUACCACCACGCCUCCUACAACAACUCCAACGGAUACAGCAACUCUGUCUGCGACUAAUACCGCGACCGACACUGGCUCAGUCACUACGAGUGAGACUCCUACAGUGACCCCCACUGAAACCGCCUCGAUAACUCCACAGAAUGUUGGGAACUCCACCACACCUCCAGCUACGACAACUGAGUCGCCGACAUUGCCAGCUACGUCGAAUGAACCUACUACACAGUCAACUGUGCCCACAACUGUGCCCACGACGUCAAGUGCCCCUGUCAACACCAUCGCGCCCACUGGAACAGACUCAGCUACGGUGCUUACACCACAAUCGAGCAUCAUAUCUGCAACAUCCACGGUAACGCCUCCUGAUUCCACGUCGACAUCGGUUGCCGUAAUUCCGACGACUCUUCCCAAGGUCAUUCAACCUGAGGGUGGCGUUCCUAAUGCGCCGGAGAACUCGACUCUGAUCCAGAUCGGCUUUGCCUACUCUCUGAACUAUGAGUUCGUCGUCAGCUCGUCGACUGCAGUCUCCCAGAUCUUUGCUUACCUUCCAGUUGGUAUCUCGCAUGGGCUUGGAAUUGAUUUGGACAAAGUGGUUAUGCAAUACUUGCAACCGUACAACACUUUGGCCACUCUGGACUACAUCACCACUUUGGCCAUGGCUUACAUUCCAGCAAGCAAAGUCGAUACACUGUCCAUGGAGUUGUUGAACCCGAACUCAGCCCUGUACCAGAACUCGAACCCCUCCGUAGUCACGCUGAUGGGCAUGGUUGAUCCUUCCAUUCCGGUAUUACCAGGAUCUGCCAUUGCUGGCGCGGGUACACCAGUCAACUCGGCCAAUACCGCUGCCACGACCUCGAACACUGCCAAGUCCGAUGACGGUUCUCCCGGCUCAUCAGACUCGGACACUUCACCUAUCCGUCCGUCAUCUGUAGGGAUCGCUGUCGGCGCCGUUGCGGGUGCCGCUGUCUACGGAGCCGCCAUGUUCCUUGUGGCCCGCAGAUACCGAAAGAAAAAGGCUGGCCACCAAAGGUCAAGCAGCAUGACAUCGGGCCAGGCUCCUCGAGCAGCCGAACAAUCCAACCUGAUGGCUGCUGGUGGACGCGGCAGUUACGGCACUCGAUUUGGUGGACGAACUUCGCGGAACAGCGACCACAGCAACUCUGCCCGAAGCGGUCGGACCUACAUUAGUCCGCCCGUGAUGGCCGAGAACAGCUUGGGGUGGAACUAG